CGCCAUUUCUCGCGUCAACCUCACGUGAUCGCCUCGGAGGAAGUUUCAUUUGCGAAUUUGGAGUGGACCUACGGAAAUUAUGACACAUUUUGUAGCUUCCUAAAAUGAUCUAAGUCCUUCCUACACUACAAAGUACGACGUUCCUAAAUUCAGGCUUCAGAGGUGCUGUUAUAGUUCUGUCAUACCAGGUUUGGGCGGGUAAAUUGUGAGGAAAAUUUGUCGGGGAGUUUCCGGCUCAGACGACAAGAGACAACGUUUUUAGGAGCUCACAUUCGGUAAAAUGGCGGAUGGUGAAAUGGACGCAGCGGAGUUGAAGCAUAUGAUCAUGACCUUCAGAGUGUCUGAACUGCAAGUGUUGCUGGGAUACGCCGGGCGCAACAAGAGUGGUCGGAAACAGGACCUCAUGACGCGUGCCCUCAGCCUCGUUCGGAACGGCUGCAGCCUGCCGAUCCAGCUGAAAAUCAAGGAGCUGUACCGUAGGCGGUUUCCCCGGCGCGUGAACAUGAGUUCCAGCCAGCCCAGCAGUAUAUCGCACACAAGCUCCAACAGUAACCCCACCCCCCUGGAGGCUGCACUGACGAGUAUAAGUCACCAGGCAGAGGCACAGCAGCUCUUCUCCAACCACAUCCAAAGUAGCAGCCUGCCGCCACACCUACCUCCUGUACACCCCGAUGUCACACUUAAGAGACUGCCUUUCUAUGACAUCAUCGAUGAACUCAUCAAACCAACCAGUCUAGUGCCAAGAGGAAACAGCAGGUUCCAAGAAACGUACUUUGUUUUCCAUUUGACACCCCAGCAAGCUGCACACAUCAAUUCAUCAAGGGAUAUCAGGCCAGGUAUGAAGCCAGAGUACAAUGUGCAGGUCCAGCUGAGGUUCUGUCUGCUGGAGACCAGCUGUGAGCAGGAGGACCACUUCCCUCCCAGCAUUUGUGUCAAGAUCAACGGAAAACUCAGUCCACUCCCUGGUUACAUCCCACAGCAGAAGGCAGGGGCUGAACAGAAACGUCCCAGCCGACCCAUCAACAUUACCCCUCUGUGCCGCAUGUCCCCCACAGUCCCCAACCACGUCAACAUCUCCUGGGCUCCUGAGUAUGGCAGGGUCAGUACAGAUGCAGCACAAGAGCGUUUAAAACGUUAUGGUUACACAGUAUCAGUGUAUCUGGUUCGGCAACUGUCAGCCAGUAUCCUCCUGAACAGGCUGAGGGGUCACGGCAUCAGGAACGCUGACCACUCCAGAGCCAUGAUAAAAGAGAAGCUACAGCAUGAUCCAGACAGUGAAAUUGCCACCACAAGCCUAAGAGUGUCCUUGUUAUGUCCAUUGGGCAAGAUGAGGAUGACCAUCCCCUGCAGACCCAAAAACUGCACACAUCUUCAGUGCUUUGAUGCCUCCUUGUACCUUCAAAUGAAUGAGAAGAAGCCUACGUGGAUAUGUCCUGUCUGUGACUCGAAGGCGCCCUUUGAUGACCUGAUUAUUGACGGGUUGUUCACAGAGAUCCUCCAGAGGACGUCAUCUGAGCUGAAUGAGAUCCAGUUCUUCGAGGAUGGAUCCUGGCAUUCCAUCAAGCCACAGAGGGAAACCUGCCUGGUGGCAACGCCAACCAAGUCUAUGGCAGAAGACCUCAGCAUGUCGUCUGCCUCUGCGUCCACGUCCCACGACAGAAAGAAGUUCGAGAUCAUCGACCUCACGCUGGACGACAGUUCUGACGAUGACGACGACGACGAUGACUCGGUCAUCCCCACCACCAAAGACACUGGCACUCCUCAGCUAGUGCCGUCACCUGCACCCAGGGCACACAGUAGGUCCUUGUUGGAUUCCCGCCAGUCAUACGCCAUGCCGAUGUCGUCCUCGGAUUUCAUGCCGUCCUACCCGAUGCCGCCCCUCCCACCAGAGUUCCAGGGUAUGCCGGGAUUGGACCUACUGUCUCUGCUGCAAACUGACAGCCAGCACGAGUCUCAUCAUAUGCCAGGCCUGGAUCUGUUGUCAUUAUUACAAAAUGACACUCAGUUUGGCCAGCCACUGUACCUGGACCCCCUGAGCAGCAGCAGUGGUGGCAGCAGCAGUCGCUCGCACAGUACGGGACAGCCGGACGUCAUAUCGCUAGAUUGACUAGCACGCCCUUUCCAAGUCAAGGUCGAGGCCCAGCCCCCAAACACCACCUACAACGGCUACAGGUACAGCUAUGGCUACCCUCCAUGGAGAUGACAUGCUGGACUUGUAACUAAAGAUCAUUGACCUUUUCAUGGAUCUCAUGGCAUGCUGGGAGAUGCAGAGCAUUGUGGGCAUCUCAGGGUGCAAACAAAAUCAUUACAACAUAAACUGGGCUUAUUGUCAUACAUGCACAUUGUAUAUGCAUUACCCUGGUAAAGCUGUUGUUUGCUUCCUGACCUACCCAUAGUGCCCUCUGUCUCCCAACAUGCAAUGGGAGCCAUAUAAAGGUGCUUGCCAAACCAGAACAAAGAGGAAUGUAAAGUUCAAUGUCAUCGUCGCUGUGACUCUGAAGCCAAACAAAAUCGAAGUUACAGCAACUUUACAUUCCUCUCCAUGUGCACACCAAAUAUGACAAUUUAGGGAGCAGUAAAAUUAUCUUAUUUUCAUUCCAAAAGAUUACGCUUCUGAUGGAAGUGAAGUUUCUUUUUCUGUAAACCUUAACAUGUAUCUCUUUACAUAAGAUCAACCUUUAUCAACAUGAUGACACUAGAAAGUACCUCAUUCUGGAGGAAGUAUCACUGCAGAUCUUUGUUUCUGGGUUCUGAUCAGUAUUGAAGAUAUGGAUUUGUUGAAGCAAAUCAUUACAUAUAGGUGUGGGCAUGGUAUAAUGGCAAUGUGGUGUUUGGGCUCUUUGGGUCUCAUGGCUCUUGAACAUGCAAUAAUAGGCUGUUUUAUUACACAUAUAUCAAAAUCAGCAACGUCAUGUAGAAUCCGUCAUAUAUAUUUCCUAAAUAUUACAAAUAUAGCCGCAUCUUGUACACAUAUUGCAUGCUCAAGAGCCCCUUUGCUUGGAAACAAGGCGAAGUACAUGUAUUGUUCAUAUUAAGUAAAGAACAAUAGAAGUAUUUAUUUUUGUACAGUAUGACAAUGAAAUUUGUACAGACUAUUUACAGACUAUUCUUGUCCGUGAGAAUGUAUGGUGUAUUCACUAAGUAGUCAUGUAAAUCAGUGUUUAUUAUGUGAAGAAUGUACAUGUAUUUUAUUACAUUGUAUAAAGUGAAAUAGUUUCUGUGUGUGUUAAGCUUGUGAUGAAGUGUUUGAUCUUCAUAUUGUGUACUAUUUUAAAGAAUAGUUUUUCUCAGUGCUACCUAAGAUCGCAUCCAACUGGCAAAGUACAAUGUAAAGGCCACCACAAAUUUGACCAAAGUACAUACAUCCACUUCAAUUCAUCAUUGUUUGUAUAAUCCAUUAUUAAGAAAACCCUUAAAUUGAAACUGCCAACUUAAAGGAUUGGACCUAUCCAAAUUUUUUAGUUUUUUUUUUUAACACAUCAGUCUCAAGGAAUGGUUCCACUGCAUCUAUGACAUGAGCCUAUACAGGUUGUAGUCACAUGACCCAGUGAGCAGUGGAUCAAAUGUCACAGGAUGUUUUGGUGUCUUCCCUCUCUAUUCAAAGAUGGUAUUCGUUUGAAACUGAAAGGAAAUUGGUUUGUUCCUGUUAUAUUGUUGUUGACUUAGUUUAUGUACAGUGUAUCUUCAGUAACAGUUCAGGUUAUGCCUUCAGCACAGCACAGUAUUUCAGCAACAGUGACACUUUCAGACGUAUCAACAGAGUAUAAUUGAUUCAAACUCAAAAAUCUCUAUUUUUAGCUUAAUGUUUACAAAUGGCCAUACCAUGUCUUUUUGUGGUAAUGCCUCGAGUGGAGGCAGUUUUAUUUAUCAAUGUGUUUUGUUUUAGUUCAUGUGUGUUACCUUCAUGAGGGACCACACCAUCUUCUGAUCAACGGGUCAACAGAUCUUAUUUUAUUAACUUUCCUUGUUUUAUCUCAGAUUGUGUCACUCACGCAGUGUUGGUUUAUACUUGUACAUUUCACGUUAAGUUCAAAACGUUAGUUCUGAAACAUGACCUGGUGUCAUUUUAGUCAUAGUCACUUGUUAUCCAUGCAUCUUUGUAAUGGCAGAAGUCAACCAUUUAGGAAUGUGGGUAGGAUGGAUGGGUUUGUAUGUAGAUAAUUCAGUCAUCAUGUACAACUGAUCAGUGAAUAAAUGAGAGAUUACACCAGAAAUGCA